AUGUUCGUGCACGGCAUUAAACCCGGUUCCAGUGAAGAGGAAGAGGAGGAGGAUGUCAUGGACAUUCUUCAGAAAAGGCGAGAAGAAUGCGAGCGCAAAGCAAGGAGAGGGGAGAUGGACCCCCGUCUGGAGUUCACCUUCCAGCUCCUUAUCGAUGGGACUGGUUUGCCCAGACAUGCUAUUAUGGACCAUGUCUUCGAGGGCAAUAUGUUGGAUGACAUCAAUCAACUCUUUCUUCCGCAUAUGAGAAAUAAGUUACUAUGGUACUAUCAAGACGUUGAAGAAAUAGAAGCCCGGCCCGUACCCGAAGGCACGAAGCAGCGGCAACAAGGGCAAGGGAAACAACCGCCACCGCAAGUCACGCUUAAGAAAAAAUUGUUUUUGUCUGAUGGAUGGGAUGUAAAGUUUACUGGAGUAUGUAUUUACAUGUUCAGGAUAAAUGUCAGUAAGCAGUUGCCUGAAGAAGGCUUUCAUAAAGACUUAUUCUGCGGUAUCCUAAACGCUGAAAAAGUGGGGCUGGUGACAGCGAUCGAGCGGGUGAUGGAACACGUCUACAUGAACGCCUUAGCUCACCCCAGCACUGAUGUGUGUGAAGAUGUCUGUAACCAAGUGAACCUCUUCGAUGACGGACAAGCCUUGAUGGCGAAGCUACAAGAUCACACAGAAUUAAAGGAAAUGAUAAAAAAUCCCACCACAGUUACAACAUUAGAAGAUCGGGUAAACGAGUGGAUAAAAAAAAUUAUGGAGAUUUUGAGUGAAAGUGAACAACUAAGACGCGAAGUAGACUCAAGUGGACCUCAAGACGAACUUGAAUAUUGGAAGAAAAGAGGCGCUCAAUUCUCGCAACUCGUGUCUUAUCUGCAGGAUCAAGAAGUGCAACUCACAUUGACAUGUCUUCAACUGGCGAAUUCAAAAGUAAUAAAGACCUGGCGCGACACUGACCAUAAAAUUACAUUUUGUUACAACGAAGCUAAGGACAAUGCAAAAUUCGUGCAAGCCAUGGAGAAAUGUUGUCACUCGCUGUAUCUGGAUGAUCCUGUAAAAAUCAAAGACUCUAUAUUAAGUUUGUUGCAAACUGUAAGACUUAUUCACAGCGUUUCGCAGUUUUAUAACACUUCAGAAAGAAUAUCUUCGCUCAUGGUUAAGAUAACGAAUCAAAUGAUCGAAACGUGCAAGCAGUACAUAACAUGUCGCUUCAAAGAAACAAUUUGGUCCCAAGAGCGAGAUUUGGUUCGAGACAAGUUAACGCACUGCAUCAAUCUGAACAAAACAUACAGAGAUACUUACAUUUUCGUCAAAAACCAACCCUUUCUGCCGAACACCGAACAGUUCAGUUUCUCAGAAAAUUAUGUGUUUGGGAAAUUUGAUACCUUUUGCAAACGUCUCAAUAAAAUUAUAACUAUGUUCGAUUUAAUGGAUGAUUAUAAUCAUCUCUUUGAAAAGCGAAUGGAAGGACUGCUACUUGGAGAAGAUUUGGAAGACGCAAUGCACGCUUUCGAAGAAGCAAAGAAAGCAGUGACCACUUGUCAAUAUGAUUAUCUCGAUUAUCGUAACAAUGACUUCGACAAAGAUUACCGAGCGUUUCAGGACAAAACCAAUGCCCUCCGUGAAUCUAUCGGAAACACGAUUGAACUAAACUUCGCUAGUGUUUGGGAAACACCUCAAGGCAUCAAAUUUUUAACAAGGUUUGAAAAGGUCAGCCAGAAGAUUCAAAUUACUAAACUUAGUGAGAAGUAUGAUCGAGUUUUGAAAUAUAGCGAGAAAGAAGUUGACAAAAUAAUGAAAAUGUUCAAAAGACAAAAAGAUGACCCGCCACUACCACGGAAUUAUUCACCUGUAGCUGGUCGCAUAAAAUGGGCCCGAUGUCUGAUGUUCAACAUGACGGAGACGGUGGAGAGCGUGUGCGCGCACCCGGUGCUACGCGCGCUGCCGGCGGCCGCAGACAUGCUACGGAAGUACCAGGCUACGAAAACUUUAAUACACAACUACGAGGGCAACAUGAGCGCGGUGUGGAUGAAUCAAAAUCUGUGGGAUGUGGACGACAGCUUGAACAAUACUUUGUUAAAAAUCGACGACUCGGGUCUGAUAAGCGUGAACUUGGAUCACACCAUCAGAUUGUUGAUACGUGAAUCCGACUGCCUCGUCAAGAUGGGCGUCGACUUGCCGAUUGUCUGCCAUUCUUUGUACGCUAAGAAACAUUAUUUCACACUAGUUAAUGAUUCGCUGCAGUUCCUGCUAGAAGACUACUUACGCAGUGUCCGCCAAGUAAAAUUAGAAGUUCGUCCGCUCCUGUUACCGCAAGUUGUUCGUCUCUCGUCUCUUCUCCUGCCCGGCUUGAAGUCAGUCACCUGGACUAGUGAGGACUGGAAAGUGUUCAUAGAUAAAGCGAACGCAGCUAUCAACAGCUUUGAUGUCCUGGUAACCAGGGUACAUGAUAUAUACUCGAACAGGAUUAUUUACGUCCUGUCCGGGAUGCAAGAGGUCACGCUGAUUAAUUUGCCUGAAGAAACUCCGUGGGCAGUUGAGGAAUUUAUUGAAUACGUUGAAACUAACUGCAGAAAUGCGUGUGUCGAGUUGAACCGUAAAAGUCUAAUGGUAGAAGAAGCUGUGGAGGAAGUACUGGAUCUUGUUAAAAAAGCGGCGCAUCAAAUCAAACCAGCCGAAAUUAACCCAGACUUCGAAUUUCUUAUUGCUGAAGACGAGCAGCACACGGGCAGCGGUACGGCGUCCACCCUUGAGAGCACGAGCAGCGGUCAGCAGGACUGGUCGGCGGUCUGGGAGUGCUUCGAGAGCCCUCACCGCCUGCUGUCCAUACCUGCUGGCGGGCUGUCUAAGAGCAUGCAGGAGAUGGUAAAGAAUGCUGUCAUUGAAAUGCGUCGUUACUACAGCCGCAAAGUUGUUGACGUGCUCAUCAAAGUUACAAGACGGGCUUUGGACCUCAUUAUCAAACAAUUUUCACAAGACAAUGAAACUGCUGGAUACCAUAAAAAGCCGAUGUUUUUGCUAAAUGCUGCUUUGGUAAUACCAAAUGUUCUCGUCAAACCUACAUUAGAAGAAAUACAAGAAGUGCUCGUGCUGGCUGGAAAACACAUUUCAGGCCUGUCAAAAGGCGUAGCCCAGUGGACAGGAGGGAAGUCUUCCAGGGUCAGCUGGAAGAAACUGACAGGCCACCAGUCAAACCAACUCUUCCAAGUAGUCACAAAACUUGACGAACAGGUUCAAACUGUGGCGCCAGUGAACAUGGCCAAAUCCAUGAAAAUGAUAGAAGCAGCGAAAAUGAGAAAAAAGAAAUAUUACAGAUUGGAAUCGGAAGAGAAACCUGUUUUCCCAUUCCAACAGAAAAGUUUUUACAGUCACGUUAUGGAAAAUAAAGAGAUUAUAAAGACAUUGACUCUUUUGUCGAUGUGUACUCAAAAUAUUAAAACGGAACUGAAUACACUAGUAAAACGCUGGCGACCAUACCAUUACUUGUGGAAAUGUGAAAAGACCUUAAGACAACUUUUAACUUGGAAUUUGAACGAUUUUGAGCUUGCUUUGAAGAGGCACAGUGAGCUUGAACUUAAAUUGACGACUGAACCUGAUGUUCUAAUCAUUGGAAAUUGUCUUGCAGUUUCUACGGAAAAGCUUAAACUAGGACUUAUAACUGAAUUAAAGAAUGGCACGCAUAGAAUAAGUCAAGCAAUGCGUAAAAAAUACAAGCGAGAGAUGGAUUAUGUUUACGCUAUUAUGAACGAUUUAGAACGUAAAUUGGAAAGGCCGAUACGAGAUUUGGAUGAUGUAAGAACAGUCAUGGAAACAUUAAAGAAGAUAAGGGAACAAGAAGUGGAUAUGGAAUUGAAAAUAGACCCAGUCGAGGAAGCAUUUAAUGUAAUAACAAGAUAUGAGCUGCCAGUGAGCAAAGAGGAUAUGGAACAAGUCGAUAACUUAAGGUAUAGCUGGCAACAGCUGCAAGCCACUGCUCUAGCGUCUCAUGUUCAACUUCUCAAGAUGCAGCCGCAAUUCGAAGAAGACUUGAAGAAUAAUUUGGAUAAAUUCCGAGAUGACAAUGCUGAUUAUUGUCAUGAAUACCGACAUGCAGGUCCGAUGCAAUCGGGACUUAGUCCCAGGGAAGCAUCCGAUCGAUUAAUAUUAUUCCAGAAUAGAUUUGAUGGAAUGUGGCGCAAAUUACAAACAUAUCAAAAUGGUGAGGAGCUAUUUGGCCUUCCUCAUACUGAAUAUCCGGAGCUGGCUCAAAUUAGGAAGGAACUAAAUCUUCUUCAAAAACUAUAUAAGCUUUAUAAUGAUGUGAUUGAUAGAGUAAGCAGUUACUAUGACAUACCGUGGGGAGAAGUCAAUAUUGAGGAAAUAAACAAUGAACUGAUGGAGUUCCAGAAUAGAUGUAGAAAGCUUCCUAAGGGCCUUAAAGAAUGGCCUGCCUUCUACGCACUCAAAAAGACCAUUGACGACUUCAACGACAUGUGUCCUCUACUUGAGCUCAUGGCCAACAAGGCAAUGAAACCCCGUCAUUGGCAACGAAUUAUGGAAGUCACAAAGUAUAUAUUUGAAUUAGACAAUGAGGACUUUUGUUUAAAGAAUAUUCUUGAAGCUCCACUCCUGCAAAACAAAGAAGACAUUGAGGACAUUUGUAUCUCAGCAAUGAAAGAAAAGGAUAUAGAGGCGAAACUUCGCCAAGUGACUAACGAAUGGUCUGUACAUGAACUGACCUUCCAAACCUUCAAUAACAGAGGCGAAUUACUAUUGAGGGGUGAUACAACUGCUGAAACUAUUGGACAGCUUGAGGACAGUCUUAUGAUAUUAGGAUCCUUAUUAUCAAAUCGAUAUAAUGCACCAUUCAGAAAACAGAUCCAACAAUGGUUAUACGAUCUACAAAGCACCAACGAAAUUCUAGAAAGAUGGCUUCUAGUACAAAAUAUGUGGGUUUAUUUAGAAGCUGUAUUCGUUGGAGGUGAUAUCGCCAAACAGUUGCCUAAAGAAGCCAAACGUUUCUCAAAGAUUGAUAAAUCUUGGCAAAAGAUCAUGCAGAGAGCACACGAGACUCCUGGGGUCGUGUCUUGUUGCGUUGGAGAUGAUCUAUUGAAACAAUUGUUACCACAUCUACAAGAACAACUAGAACUUUGCCAGAAAAGUUUGAGUGGAUAUUUAGAGAAGAAAAGGACAAUGUUCCCGCGCUUCUUCUUUGUCUCAGAUCCAGCAUUGCUUGAAAUUCUCGGCCAAGCUUCUGACUCUCAUACGAUUCAAAACCAUCUGCUGUCUAUAUUUGAUAACAUACGAUAUGUUAAGUUCCAUGAUAUAGAGUACAACAAAAUGGUAUCAAUAGUAUCUUCAGAGGGUGAGGAAAUAAAACUAGAGAGGCCGGUGCGGGCGGAGGGCUCUGUGGAAACCUGGCUGACUUCACUACUGCAAUCUGCCCAAAGCAGCCUACAUUCCAUUAUACGUAACGCUGUAUCAUUCAUUAAUGAUCCUACAUUUAACCUCCUGAUGUUUCUAGAUAAAAUGCCGGCACAGAUUGGCCUUCUUGGUAUUCAAAUCAUUUGGACAAGAGAUGCAGAACUUGCUUUGAUGCAAGCCCGACAAGACAAAAAGAUAAUGUUGGAAACUAAUAACAAAUUUUUGGAGUUACUCAACACUCUGAUUGAUCAAACUACUAGAGAUCUUACGAAGAUUGAGCGAAUUAAAUUUGAGACUCUUAUCACCAUUCAUGUACAUCAACGAGAUAUUUUCGACAUGCUGUGUCGUCUAAAUGUUCGUUCAGCGAAUGAUUUCGAAUGGUUGAAACAAUGCAGGUUUUAUUUCAAGGAAGAUGCAGAUAAAACUUGGAUAUCCGUAACUGAUGUUACGUUUACAUAUCAAAACGAAUACUUGGGUUGUACAGAACGCCUCGUAAUUACGCCUUUAACAGACAGAUGUUAUAUAACACUAGCUCAAGCAUUAGCCAUGAGUAUGGGAGGAGCUCCGUGCGGACCGGCGGGAACGGGUAAAACGGAAACUGUAAAGGACAUGGGAAAGACCCUUGCAAAAUACGUGGUGGUCUUCAAUUGUUCAGACCAAAUGGAUUAUAGAGGACUAGGUCGAAUCUACAAAGGUCUUGCACAGUCUGGCUCCUGGGGAUGUUUCGAUGAGUUCAAUCGUAUCGAGCUGCCCGUGCUGUCGGUAGCUGCACAACAAGUUGCUGUUGUGUUGGCUGCUAAGAAGGAAAAGAAGAAGACGUUCCUAUUCACAGAUGGUGAUAUGUCGGAAAUGUGUCCUGAAUUUGGUAUAUUUAUUACUAUGAAUCCAGGAUAUGCUGGUCGUAAGGAAUUACCAGAAAACUUAAAAAUACAGUUUAGGACUGUUGCUAUGAUGGUGCCGGAUCGUCAAAUCAUUAUUCGCGUGAAACUCGCCUCUUGUGGUUUUUUAGAAAACAUUACUCUUGCUCGAAAGUUUUAUACGCUUUACAAACUCUGUGAGGAACAAUUGACUAAACAGGUUCACUACGACUUUGGGCUUAGAAAUAUUUUAUCCGUUCUAAGAACUCUUGGCGCUGUUAAACGAGUGAAUGCUAAAGACAACGAAAGUACUAUCGUUAUGAGGGUCUUAAGAGAUAUGAAUUUAUCAAAACUCAUCGAUGAAGAUGAGCCGCUUUUUAUUUCUCUAGUUGCGGAUUUGUUUCCUAACCAAGUUCUGGAGAAAACAACUUACCCUGGCUUGGAAGAAGCCAUUAGAAAACAGGUUGACGCAAGUGGUUUAGUUUAUCAUCCUCCUUGGGUUUUAAAAAUUAUACAAUUGUACGAAACUCAGAGAGUUCGACAUGGUAUAAUGAUAUUAGGGCCACCAGGAGCUGGAAAAACAACAUGCAUCCAUACAGUUAUGAGCGCUCUAUCAGACACAGAGGAUCCUCACAGAGAAAUGAGAAUGAAUCCAAAAGCAAUAACAGCAGCUCAAAUGUUCGGACGACUAGAUGUUGCUACAAAUGAUUGGACGGACGGUAUUUUCUCAGCUUUAUGGCGGAAGACGCUUAAAAUUAAAACCGGAGAACAUAUUUGGCUAGUUUUAGAUGGCCCAGUAGACAGCAUAUGGAUUGAAAAUUUAAAUUCAGUACUUGACGAUAAUAAAACUCUGACUCUCGCUAACGGUGACCGUUUAACUAUGUCCCCAACUUCCAAAAUAAUAUUUGAACCAGAAAACAUCGAUAAUGCAUCACCUGCUACUGUUUCUAGAAACGGAAUGGUAUACAUGAGUUCUUCGGGAUUAGAUUGGGAACCUGUUUUAAAUGCCUGGUUAAAAACACGAUCGGCAAGAGAAAUGGAGGUGUUUAGUUCACUUUUUGAACAAACCUUUCCAAAUACAUACACUUGGUGUACUCAGAAUCUCCUAUUUAGCAUGCGCGUUCUUCAAAGUAACAUUGUUUUUCAAAUGCUUAAUUUAUUGGAAGGUCUUGUACCUCCACAAAUAGUAGAAACAGAAGAUCCAUCUGCAAGCAAAUCAGUCAAUGGAGACAUGGAAGAUGACGAGGAGAAAGAAAAAACAGAAGAAGUCGUUCUUUACACGCCUGAACAUCUGCACAAAAUUUACGUUUUUUGUUUGGUUUGGGGUUUUGGCUCUCUUCUAGAAACAAAUGACCGAAAUAAGUAUGAUAAGUACAUCAAAACAACUUUCAAUGAAAUAUUGGACAUACCCAAACAUCCAAACAACAAGCCCAGUAUACUAUUCGACUUCUAUGUUAAGCAACAUGGAAAGUGGGAAUUAUGGGAAGACUUAAUGACAAAUUACCAAUACCCUGAUACAGCUACUCCCGAUUACGCGAACAUUCUUGUUCCGAUCGUAGAUAAUGUCAGAAUAAAUUACCUGAUACAUUGCAUAGCAAAACAAGGGAAAGCUGUACUACUUCUUGGAGAACAGGGCUCUGCAAAAACUGUAAUGAUGAAAGCCUAUAUGAAAAAUGCAAAUCCAGAACAGUUCAUGGGGCGCUCGUUCAAUUUUUCAUCAGCUACGAGUCCUUAUCAAUUUCAAAAAACUAUAGAAAGUUACGUAGAAAAACGGAGUGGAAUGACAUUUGGUCCUCCUGGGGGAAAACGAAUGCUUGUAUUCAUUGAUGAUAUUAACUUGCCUCAAAUCAAUGAAUGGGGAGAUCAAAUCACAAAUGAAAUAGUGCGACAAACCAUGAGCAUGGGAGGUUUCUAUAGCUUGGAGAAGCCCGGAGAUUUCACGACCAUUGUUGAUUUACAAUUUUUGGGAGCUAUGGGACAACCUGGUGGUGGUAGGAAUGAUAUACCAGCUAGACUAAAAAGACAAUUCUCAAUUUUCAACUGUCCCUUACCAAACAAUGACUCCAUUGAUAAAAUAUUUAAAGUGAUUGGAGAGGGACAUUAUAAUGCUAAACGUGGAUUUACAAUUGAAGUACGCUCACUCAUAAAGAAAAUAAUCCCUUUAACUCGAGAGCUGUGGGCUAGAACAAGAGUUAAUCUACUUCCUACGCCUGCUAAAUUUCACUAUGUAUUUUCUAUACGAGACCUAUCGCGAGUAUGGCAGGGUAUGGUGGGUACACUUUAAUACAUUUUAUUUUAUUUUAGAGAUGCUCCAGAGCCGACUGGAGAGGAAGGUGAGGAUGCUGACAUGGAAUUGCCAAAAGUGUAUGAACCAGUUUUUGACUACAGUGAAUUAAGAGAUCGUUUAGAAAUGUUUUUGUCACAAUUCAAUGAAAUGGUUAGAGGAUCGGGAAUGGAUCUUGUGUUUUUCCCAGACGCCAUGCUACAUUUAGUAAAAAUAUCACGUGUUAUAAGACAUCCUCGUGGAAAUGUAAUGCUUGUAGGUGUUGGUGGUUCAGGAAAACAAUCUUUAACAAAAUUAUCUACAUUCAUCGCUGGAUAUCGUUCUUUCCAAAUUGCGUUAACGCGAUCGUAUAAUGUUGGUAAUUUCUUAGAAGACUUAAAACUCUUAUACCGAUCUUGUGGGGUACAAGGUAAAGGCACUACAUUCAUCUUUACUGAUUUGGACAUAAAGGAAGAAGGAUUUUUAGAAUAUUUAAAUAAUAUACUGUCUUCUGGAGUUAUAUCAAACUUAUUCACUAAAGAUGAACAACAGGAAAUCAUAUCUGAAUUAACACCAAUUAUGAAAAGAGAAAACCAGAAGCGAUCUUUGACUAAUGAAUUGGUUAUGGAAUAUUUUCUUAAUAGGACAUGCCAAAAUUUGCAUGUCGUAUUAUGUUUUUCUCCUGUUAGUGAAGCCUUCCGUUAUAGAGCUUUAAGAUUCCCGGCAUUAAUAUCAGGUUGCACGAUAGACUGGUUUCAACCAUGGCCAAAAGAUGCUCUAGUUUCAGUAGCUGAUCAUUUCUUAGCUGAAUUUGAGAUCGAAUGUACUAAAGAAGUAAAAAAAGAGUUAGUAACAGUUCUUGGUACAAUACAAGAUGUGGUCUCCCAAGUUUCCACAGAAUACUUCUCAAGGUUUCGACGUUCGUCACACGUUACGCCAAAGUCUUACCUUAGCUUCAUAGGAGGCUACAAAACAAUAUACCAAAUGAAACAAAAAGAAUUAGGCGACGGUGCACUUCGCAUGGAUACUGGUUUAGAAAAGUUACGUGAAGCGUCGAUAUCAGUAGAAGUCUUAAAAAAAGACUUAGCGGUAAUGGAACAAGAUUUAGCAUUAGCAUCUGAAAAAGCAGAUCGCGUACUUACUGAAGUGACUGAAAGAGCCAUGCAAGCUGAAAUAGUAAAGAAUCAAGUCCAAGUUGUGAAAGAAAAGGCUGAAGCUUUGGUUGCAUAUAUAGCGGAGGAAAAAGAAAAAGCUGAAAGAAAACUCGAAGCUGCGAAACCAGCUCUUGAAGAAGCAGAAGCUGCCCUCAAUACAAUAAAACCAGCACAUAUAGCUACAGUUAGAAAGCUGGGUAGACCUCCACACCUCAUUAUGAGGAUUAUGGAUUGCGUUUUAAUCUUAUUUCAAAGAAGACUCCAUCCAGUCAUUCCAGAUACGGCGGCACCAUGUCCAAAACCUUCUUGGGCUGAAUCGUUAAAGAUGAUGGCAAGUACUACAUUUUUGUUGCAAUUACAAAAUUACCCUAAGGAUAUUAUUAACAAUGAAAUGGUAGAGCACCUUGUACCUUAUUUUGAAAUGGAAGACUACAAUAUGGAUACAGCGAAGCGUGUUUGUGGUGACGUGGCGGGUCUGCUCUCAUGGACUAAAGCUAUGGCAUUCUUUCACAGUGUAAAUAAAGAAGUAUUACCGUUAAAAGCUAGCUUGAUGCUACAAGAAGCAAGGCUGAAGGUCGCUAUGGAAGAUUUAGCAUCUGCUGAAAGACAGCUGGAAGAACGUGAAAUGUCGUUAAGAAAAGUGAAGGAACAAUAUGAAUCUGCAGUCUCCGAGAAACAACAACUUACAGAUGCUGCAAAUGUUUGUUUAAGAAAAAUGACUGCGGCAACCCAGUUAAUCAAUGGAUUGGGCGGAGAAAAAAUAAGGUGGACUCAGCAGAGUAAAGAUUUUAAGCAACAAUUAGGGAGAUUAGUUGGAGAUGUUGUAUUAGCUACAGGAUUUUUAUCUUAUUGUGGGCCAUACAAUCAGGAAUUUAGAAACAAUCUGUUUAAUACGUGGAUGGGUAUUUUAAAGAGUAAACAAAUACCUGUCACAGAUAACUUAAAUAUAACGAACAUGUUAGUAGAAAGUGCAACUAUAUCUGAGUGGACACUUCAAGGCUUGCCCAAUGACGAAUUAUCCGUACAAAAUGCGCUAAUCGUUACCAAAUCUAGCUCCUAUCCACUUUUAGUAGAUCCACAAAGUCAAGGCAAAAAUUGGAUUAAAAAUAAAGAAAGUUCUAAUGAGCUUCAGAUAACUUCAUUAAAUCAUAAGUAUUUUCGUACCCAUCUUGAAGACAGUCUCUCGUUAGGCAGACCUCUUUUAAUUGAGGAUGUAGGAGUUGAAUUAGAUCCAGUUAUAGACAAUGUAUUAGAAAAGAAUUUUAUCAAAUCGGGAUCAAUCGAAAAAGUAAUAGUUGGUGAUAAAGAAUGCGAUGUAAUGCCUGGUUUUAUGCUUUAUAUUACUACAAAGUUACCAAACCCAGCUUAUUCCCCUGAGAUUAGCGCAAAAACCUCAAUAAUCGACUUCACAGUGACAAUGCAAGGGCUUGAAGAUCAAUUACUCGGUCGUGUUAUUUUAAUGGAAAAAUCGGACUUAGAAGAAGAACGUGUCGCUCUUUUUGAAUCUGUUAUGAAAAAUCAAAGGAGUAUGAAGGAACUAGAAAGCAAUUUACUUUGUCGUUUAACAUCUUCAGAAGGAUCGUUAGUUGAUGAUGAAGCUUUGAUACAAGUAUUACAAAUAACAAAAACGACUGCUGAAGAAGUCAAUGAAAAACUGAAGGUGGCUGAAGUUACAGAAAAAAAAAUCAUCAAAGCAAGAGAAGAAUUUAGAGCAGUCGCCGCUCGAGGCUCUAUCUUAUAUUUUUUGAUAGUUGAAAUGAGUAACGUUAAUAUCAUGUAUCAAAAUUCGUUAAAACAAUUUUUGACUAUUUUCGACAAUUCUAUAACAAAAUCGGCCAAAAGCAACAUUACUGAAGAACGUAUAAAUAUAAUUCUUAAAUACUUAACCCACGAAGUAUGGGCUUUUACACUCCGAAGUUUGUACGAAAGACAUAAAGCAUUAUUUACACUGAUGUUGGCUAUGAAAAUAGAUUGUCAUCGUGGCCUGAUAUCACACGACGAGUUCAUGGCAUUUGUUAAAGGAGGUGCAUCACUUGACUUAAAUGCGGUAACACCUAAACCAUUCAAAUGGAUUCUAGAUAUUACAUGGCUAAACUUGGUGGAAAUAAGUAAAUUGAAAACAUUUUCCGAUGUUCUUAGUAAAAUUUCAACAAAUGAAAAGGAAUGGCGAACAUGGUACGAAAAAGCUAAACCAGAAGAAGAUACAAUUCCCAGUGGUUACCACGAAAGUCUCGAUGUAUUUCGUAAAUUACUGCUCAUUAGAUCUUGGAGUCCAGAUAGAACACUUUCACAAGCUAGAAAGUAUAUUGUCGAUUCACUCGGUGCUGAAUAUGGUGAAGGCCGCAUUUUGAAUUUGGAGAUAACAUGGGAGGAGUCUGAACCAAGGACGCCACUAAUUUGUAUCUUGUCUAUUGGAUCCGAUCCAUCAGCUCAAAUCGCAUCCCUUGCAAAAUCUAAAGAUAUUGUUCUUAAGGCCGUUUCAAUGGGACAAGGACAAGAAAUCGUCGCACGUAAAAUGAUUUCGGACUCCAUGAAUGAAGGUGGUUGGGUUUUACUUCAAAAUAUUCAUCUGUCUCUUCCAUUUUGUGUGGAAGCCAUGGAUGCUUUGAUUGAAACUGAACAUAUACAAGAAUCGUUCCGUCUUUGGUUAACUACAGAAGUGCAUACAGAUUUCCCGAUAGGAUUAUUGCAAAUGGCUAUCAAAUUUACGAACGAACCACCACAAGGGAUAAGAGCGAGCAUGAAGAGAACGUACCAAAAUAUAACUCAAGAUACAUUAGAUUAUUCAUCUUUGCCACAGUGGCCACCGUUACUGUACGCCGUCGCAUUUUUACAUACAAUAGUACAAGAGAGAAGAAAAUUUGGGCCGUUAGGUUGGAAUAUUCCGUACGAAUUUAACCAAGCGGAUUACGCUGCAAGUGUACAGUUCAUACAGAAUCACUUGGAUGAAAUCGACCCGAAGAAGGGAAUAUCUUGGCCAACGAUUUGCUACAUGCUAGGUGAAGUGCAAUAUGGUGGUCGGGUGACAGAUGAUUUUGAUAAGCGUUUACUAACUACGUUUACUAACGUUUGGUUUUGUGAUGUUCUCCUACGUCCCGGGUUUGAGUUCUAUAAAGGAUAUAAAGUACCUCAAACGAGAAAUCUUCAGGGGUAUGUGGAUUAUAUCAACCAACUACCAUUGACUGAUACUCCAGAAGUUUUCGGUCUUCAUGGUAAUGCAGAUAUUACCUAUCAAAUUAACAGCGCUAAAGACAUAUUAGAUACCAUUUUAAGCGUACAACCAAAAGAAGGAGGUAGCCAAGGUGGAGAAACUAGAGAAAGUAUAGUUUAUCGCCUAGCAGAUGAUAUGUUAGAAAAACUGCCCAAGCAAUAUAUUACAUUUGAAGUACGAGAAGCUCUCCAAAAAAUGGGUGCUUUUCUACCAAUGAAUAUCUUCUUAAGACAAGAAAUUGAUCGAAUACAGAGAGUUAUUAAGACCGUCUUCACAACUCUUUGUGAUCUUAAAUUGGCAAUUGACGGUACUAUAGUGAUGAGUCAAGGUUUGAGGGAAUCUCUAGAUGCCAUGUACGACGCACGUAUACCAUCACAAUGGUUAAAGGUCUCUUGGGAAUCUGCGACUUUAGGUUUCUGGUACACAGAGCUUUUGGAACGUGAGCAACAGUACCGUAUUUGGCUACGUAACGGAAGGCCUAAUACGUUUUGGAUGACGGGAUUUUUCAAUCCUCAAGGGUUUUUGACAGCUAUGAGACAGGAAGUAACACGUAGCCACAAAGGAUGGGCAUUAGAUUCAGUGGUACUACAAAAUCACAUAACUAAAUUGAAUCGAGAAGAUGUUCAUGAGGGACCAACUGAAGGAGUCUAUGUGUACGGACUAUUCCUUGAAGGAGCAUCUUUGGACCGAAAAACUGGGAAGCUAAUAGAAUCAAAACCGAAAGUUCUAUAUGAGCAAAUGCCAGUCAUCUACAUUUUUGCUAUAAACACAACAGCAGGAAAGGAUCCCAGACUCUAUGAAUGUCCAAUAUAUAGAAAGCCACAAAGGACCGAUGCCAAAUAUGUGGGCUCGAUUGAUUUUGAGACAGACAGCAAUCCUAGACAUUGGACAUUACGAGGGGUGGCAUUAUUGUGUGAUAUAAAAUAA